AAAACUUAGAAUUCAUUGAGUAUAAAUAGUGCAUAGAAUGACAUUACAAUCAUUCAGCAAAUUAACUCCCUUCUAAACUUAAAUGCAAAUCACAUAAAUUAUUAAUCAUGAAGGUUUUUAUUUUCUUCGCUGUGGUUCUUCAGGUAUCCUUAGCGCUUCCAUUGAUAAAAGAUGAUCGAAUUGUGGGUGGUUAUCCUGCAAACCCCGGACAAUUCCCACACCAGGUCUCUCUCCAACUGAAUGGUCAACAUGCCUGUGGAGGAUCCAUCAUUGCAUCCAACACCAUUUUAACAGCAGCUCACUGUGUUUAUGGAAUGUCUGGUCAAUUGUAUGUCCUGGCUGGAGUUACCGACCUCAAUGAAAAUGGUAUUCGUAUACCUGUGGCCCAAAUUUUGAUUCACUCCAACUACAAUCCAGACACUGUCCUCAAUGACAUCGCCCUUCUUCGUCUGUCUAGCCAGCUUCCUAUUGGAGGUUAUAUUCAAAUCGUCCCGCUCCGAUUCCAAGCCGCCAAUCCAGGAGAAACCCUGAUAUUAAGUGGUUGGGGACGUACUUCCUAUCCCGGUAGUCUACCUACGCAUCUGCAGUGGAUUCAGCUUGCUGCUUUGGACCUCAAUACAUGCUCCCAGCUUCUAACUGGUUCUACUCCUAUUAGUAAUGGUCAUGUCUGCACUACCUCACCAGUGAACCAGGGUGCUUGUCAGGGUGAUUCUGGUGGUCCACUGAUUGACGCGCAGGGCGGGCAGAUUGGUGUCGUUUCAUGGGGCAUUCCAUGUGCAAAAGGAUAUCCUGAUGUAUUUACCUCUGUGCCGUUUUAUUUGGAUUGGAUUGUGAACAGUCCCAAGACUUUUGAAAAAGUUAUUAUUUGUUAUUAUAUAAAUAACUUCACUAUUUUUCUAUAUAUAAUGUCGCGAACUUUCUCUAGUUUAAACUACAAUAUGAAAGCCUUCACUAUUUUAACAAUACUUCUACCAGCUUGUCUGGCAGCACCAUCAUCAGUGGAAUCCAAUAAUACCACCAGUUUAAAAUCCAGUGAACUAUCACCAGAUAAUGGGAGAAUUAUGGGGGGUGCAACCGCACCAAAAGGAGCCUUCCCAUAUCAAGUCUCUCUAAGAAAUCUAGAGAACAAGCACUUCUGUGGUGGUUCCAUCAUUACCGCAAGACAUGUUCUUUCAGCUGCUCAUUGCUUCGUCGGAGCUAGCCCUGACAGAAUCAUAGUAGUCGUUGGGACUAACCUACUGAACAAAGGUGGCUUUACCCACAAGGUCGAAAAAAUUGUAUCACACGAAGGAUAUGUUAAAGAAACCUAUUUAAAUGACAUCGCAAUAUUGACCGUAAAUCCCAGAUUUAAUAUCAACGCACCAGGCAUAUCAAUUGUUCCUCUCGCCAGUAGAAGCCGUGUUGUCACUAACGGCGAGAAACUAUUUGCUUCGGGAUGGGGCUUCGACGACUACCCAAAAGAAGAUUCGCCGAAUAGUAUGCAAUAUAUUCAAUUGACAGGAAUGGAUGCGGCAACAUGCGCCUCCAAGAUGCCAGGGUCCCCGAUUAAAAGUGGUCACAUUUGUACCCAAGAUCAAAAAGGUUUAGGAACAUGCAUGGGAGAUUCGGGUGGUCCUCUGGUAGAUGUUGGAGGAGUACAAGUCGGCAUUGUAUCGUGGGGAAUUCCUUGCGCCCAAGGAAAACCAGAUGUUUUCACUUCUGUGGCAUACUAUAAACACUGGAUCGAAGAAAAAACAGAAGACCUUCUAACUGGUUCUACUCCUAUUAGUAAUGGUCAUGUCUGCACUACCUCACCAGUAUAUCAGGGAUCUUGCCAGGGUGACUCUGAUUGUCUAUUGAUUGACGCGCAGGGCGGGUACCGGUCCUUUUCUAGUUUCACCAACAAUAUGAAAACCUUCACUAUUUUAACAUUGCUUCUACCAGCUUGUCUGGCUGCACCAUCAUCGGUGGAAUCCAAUAAUACCACCGGUUUAGAAUCUAGUGAACUGCCAACAGAUCAUGGGAGAAUUAUGGGAGGUGCAACCGCACCAGAUGGAGCCUUCCCUUAUCAAGUCUCCAUUAGAACUAUAGACAACAAGCACUUCUGUGGUGGUUCCAUCAUUAGCGCAAGACAUGUUCUCACAGCAGCUCAUUGCUUCAACGGAGCUAGCCCUAGCACCAUCAUGGUAGUCGUUGGGACUAACCAGCUGAACGCAGGUGGCACAGGCUACAGGGUCGCAAGAAUUGAUUCACACGCACAAUAUAAUAGCGAAAACAAUUUAAAUGACAUCUCCAUAGUGACGGUAAAUCCCAGAUUUAGUGGCGCCACACCAGGCAUAGGACUCGUUCGUCUUGCCGGUAGUAACCGGGUUAUCGCCAACGGCGAGAAACUGAUGGCUUCUGGAUGGGGCUUCGACAACUACCCAAGCGAAGUUUCGCCGAAUAGAAUGCAAUAUAUACAAUUGACUGGAAUGGAUGCGACAACAUGCGCUGCCAAGCUGCCAGGGUACCCGAUUAGAAGUGGUCAUAUUUGCACCGAAGCUCCAAUAGGUCAAGGUACAUGCAUGGGAGAUUCGGGUGGUCCUCUGGUAGAUGGCACAGGAAGACAAGUCGGCGUUGUAUCGUGGGGAAUUCCUUGCGCCAAAGGACAACCAGAUGUUUUCACUUCUGUGGCUUACUAUUCACGUUGGAUCCAAGAUAUAACAAAGGAAACAUAAACCGAAA